AAAAUAUGUGCAUUUACACGGUGUCUACGUUUGAAUGUUGGUUAACUUCAAGAUAAUUUUUUAAGUUAUGAUUUAUAGAAUUUUAUAUUUAUUUAAUAAGUAAACAUUAUGAGUGCUUCAGAACAAGAAGAGUCCGAAUAUUAUUCUUGUCCCAUUGUUGAAGGAUUUGAUUUUGGAACUGCUUUACAAAAUGUGUAUCCUAUAUUAAGUAUAAUUUUUCGUGGUUUACCUGCUAAAGAUUUAAAUAACGCUGCUCAAAUAAGUGAAGUUUGGGCUGAAUACGCUCAAAAAGAAUUAACAAGUAGAAGAUAUCAUGGUCAAUUUCAUGUUAUUCAAACAGGUCCUUCUAAGUUUCGAUUGGAAACAAGUCCUAAUUUCAAUCUUGUUAAUGGCGAAUGUACGAUUAUAUUUGGCACGACAAAAUUAAAACGGUAUACUCGAAAAUUAAGCAUGAAUAGAAAGGUACCAUUAUUUAUGGAUAUUACACAAGAUAAAGAGUUAGAUUUGGCGCAUCUAAAAGGAUAUGGGUAUCUUGUUCAUAAAAUGUUUCCAUUAGAGAGACGUGUUGUCGGGCAUGGAUUUGUUGUACCAAAAAUUGAUAAUUUAACAGUAGAAUUAUAUACAAAUGGUUUUGAGAAAGAUAUUUCAAAAGUAAUUGAAAAAGGUUUAAAAGUAAGAGCAAUGAUGUACUUAUGCAGUCGGCGUAGUAUUAAUGGUACAAAUCCUGGGCAGAAUUUAACAGAAAUUUUGAAACAUCAAAAUUAUAAAAAGUUCCCAUUAGCUGGAGGUUAUGUUAUGGAAGCCAUGGAUGAAACUUAUGCUUUAUCUCGAGCAACUCAUAGAUACUUGAUUCCAUCACAUUAUGCUUUAUUAUUUUUAACUCCACCAGAUAACACAACAUUUGAGGCAUAUUCUAUUUUAAUUAUUGAUGAAUCUCAUACAGUCGAAAUGUUACAAAAGGUUAAACCAAAUAUAAUUUUAAAAAGUCAUUCAAUUGCUUAUAUUUUUCAAUGUAUAAAAAUACGUGUUAUUGAUUCUGCGAGGGAGUUUAAUCUUGUUUUUCCAACAGUUGAUUGUACUGUUGUUAAUUGUGAGGGUGAAAUUGGAUGGAGCAGUCAUGGUGUUUUUAGCGAAGAUGAUUACAAUCCUAAGAAAAAGUUGAAAUACUUUCCAGUUUCGCAUACUUUCAGUAUUACUAUAUUAAUUUUAACUUGGGAUUAAUUAUUAAGUUUCCUACUUGGGUUUUUAUUCAAAAGCAAUUAUAAAAUUAUUUAUGAUUUUAUUUAAGAGGUAAUAAAACAAGCAAUAGAGAAUAAAUGUUUAAAAUUACUUUCUUUUUAUAAAGUCUGAGUCAUUUCCAAUUCAUUUUAUCACCGUAUUAAGUUCGACCAUAAAAAAUUCCGAAGUAAAGUUUCAUGUUGAUGGUUUUUUUUGCAACUUUAUUACUGUUUUUGCAAGCAUGAUAAAAUUGUUUAGAUUCUUAAGAGAUUACUAAUGUUAUUGAUAUCCCAAAAUGUGUGAUAAUAAAUAAAUGAGAACAAUAGAAUAUACUCAUAUGUGACUUAACCUGAAGAAUGUUAUAAAAUAGUUACUUUCAUAAAUUCAUAUUUUUUAAUGAUGUAAUAACUAUAUACAGUAUAAGCUCCAUAAUAUGGGUCCAUCAAAUUUCUGGCAGUGAUGAGUUACCAAAGGUGCUGUAAAAGAAGACACAAACAAAAUAAAUUCAAUACUGUAUUAUUUAUAGUUUAUUAUUAGGAAGUAAAUGUAAUAGAUAAUAAUUGAUAUUAAAAAAAGUGACUCCCUCUGUCCCAUAAUAAGGAUCUGUUUUAAAAUAAAUAUAAUAAAAAACCUG